AUGUCAUCUCUUCAGCUACAGCCCAUAGAAAACACGAGUGAGGAAUAUGGUAUUUCAGAAUACCUUCUCCAGCUCCAAUUAGAUGCACCACAUCUCAGAAUUUCUGAGUGUUACGAUAUCGGAAAUAAAAAUGUCAGAGAAAAUUUCAUUAACUAUGUCAACGGCCUUCAGCCACAAAAUAUUGUUGAUGUUUUCGUUCCAGUUACAUCUCUCCAGCAACCAGUUUCUGAUAUAAUUUCACAUGGAAUCCGUGUUUCACCAAAGAACGGUUUCCGCUUCCAGACAGGCAAGCUCCAACUCGAAGCAGGCAAAGAAACAUAUGAAGUUGUCCACAUUACAGUUGCUUUAGGCAAUGUUUACAACAAUCAAAAGACAGGCGUUGAACUUAGUGACGAAACAUUCUCAGAUGUCGCACCAACACCAUCCGCCGUACCAGAAGGCUACAAUACAAUUCGUGUUUCCGAAAACAAUGAAUUUGUCGUCUUUAAUACAACUCAAAUCAACUCUCUCCGCCUUAUCCGCUUUGCCGGUGGCGAUAACCUAUCCCAUGAGCCACGCCUGAAGCAGAUUUGCAGCAUCUGCGGCAAAGAUAACGCUACUCUUUGGUGCGAGAACGAUCAGUGCAAGCUCUGUGAGAAAUGUGACAAAGAGGCACAUUCACAGAAGCUUACACAGAACCAUACACGCAAGCCAGUCUCUGAAUCUCUUAUUGGACAGCAAAAAUGUCCAGUUCACCCUGAUGUAAACGUCGCAUACUACUGCUUGAAGUGCCACUGCCCAGUCUGCCUUGAGUGCAAAGUCAAAGGAAGCCACUCAAAGGGAGAACAGGCAAAACACAGAUUAAUCGACCUUCCUAAGGCAUACGAGGACGCUCAGGCCACGCUUUCUAAGCCAAAUACUGUAUUCAUUACCCGCGAGAAAACACUUAACCAGCACCUCAAACUCGCAAAAGACAAACUUUCGGAAAUCGAAGAAACAGAGAAGCAGAUCGAGGCAGAAAUCACUCGUAUCGCAGCCAAGGCCAUCGAAGAAUCACGUAUGCAGAGCGGCCUUCGCGCACAAGCUGUGAAAUCAAUAAAACUCGAAAUCGAACGUAAAAUCUCCGAACUCCAAUCACAAAAGAAACUCAUCGACGCUCAUCACAACAACAGCGAACCACUCGAAGUUGUCCAAGCAUGCUACCUUAACUCAGUUCUCGAGAAAGAGAUUAUUAAUAACACAGAUCUUCCUUCUUUAGCAUCCAACAUCGACGCACAAUUACAAGUCUACGGAAGGCUCGAAGUCAACCCUCCACGCUCUUCCGGAAAGGUCACAUCUCGCGGAUUACCUCAACCAGGCGCUUCUGGCAACGGCGAUGGCCUUUCGGACAGUUCCGCCUUCUCAGACGGCAUUGAGACAGAGGAAACUGACUUGGAAGAGCCAGAUCCCCACAUUACUCAUCUCAGUCGCAUGGCCAAACGUAAAUUUGAGCGUCGCGGAUCGAAGCAACUUCCAUUUGUACCUUUCGACGGCUCCAGCAUCAUCACCGAUCCAGAAAUGGCGAGAAAUCUCUACAUGACGUUCCCAUUCAAAGGAGAACCAAUCACACACAGGAUGUACUACUCAGAAGAGGACGGCAGGAACGUUUCCAAGAUCCACAAGAUCGUUGACGGCCACGGUAUCACUUGUGUCCUUGUAAAAGUCGGACAGAACUUGUUUGGCGGAUUUGCAGCAUCUAAAUGGAACAGCGAUGGAAAACCAUUUGGAAAGGGAUCAUCGUCAUUCUUGUUCCAGCUGACAAAGGACGCAUUCAUUCCUAACAGGGGACAGACAGAGGAGCCAAUCUGUUUGUUCGCAACAACUGAUACUUUGACAUUCGGAAAAUACGAUUUAGCUUUAGUUGGAAAUCUCGAAAAAUGCACUUCUACAAUUGAGAAUUCUUACGGAGUUGGAUUCGCUUUCGACUCUCAGAAGGCAAAGACAUUCCUCGCUGGUUCUCAGGAAUUCAGACCUGAUGUUGUUGAAGUCUGGGGUUUCUACUCUAGUCAGUAA